CAGGCGUGACGCGGUGGCUCAAACACCUCUUGCUCAAGCAGCUUCGACCCUGCGCUGGGAUCGGGUAGGAACACCGCCGCGAGCUCGUGCGCGAGCGAGAAUUGGCCGCUGCCGCUUGGUGCUUGCAGCACGAGGAGGACGCGCUUCUUCCGGCAUGCGCUGGUCCACCGCGCGGCGCGCUAGCUGCGUCUUCGAUGGUGGCCGGCGCACUGCUUGAGGGGCUGCUGGCCGUCGGCCGGGGCUGGCGCGGUACCUCCGGAGUGUGUUGGUCGAACACCAACAUUGACGACGCGGUUGACGACGAGGGGUGGGGUACGAUUGACAAUGAGGGAGGGAUACGGUCCGCAGAGCGCGUUGACGGCAAGGGUAAGGGCAGGAUGUGGUUAACGUGGAUGACAAAGAUGGAGCGUGGUUGACGGAUUGAGGUGUGCACGAUGCGUGCUCAAGAGUGGGCGUACGGCUUUUUUGGGGGAGGGCGCGGUAUGUUCGAGGACGACUGGAGUGUUUGGAGGCUCCGGCCGCUGCGGUCCUCGGAUGCCGGUCGGGGUCGGUUGCAAAGUGCAAUGUCACGGCCUAGCCCACAGGGUAUAAACAAAUCCGAGACCCGCACAGCGCCGUGAGGACGCGUAGAUG